CCAUAUUGGAUGUGGCAAGCUGUCACUCUCCACUAGUCUUGAGCAAGAAAGAUGGACGUAGGCAGCGGUGUGAGCGGAGAUUUGGGUGCUAGGGUGACUGGCAGUGCCUCGCCGCUCGCCCAAGGACCGGAGGAAGUGCAGCGCUACCGAUCACCGUUGGUGUCCCGCUAUGCCAGCCGAGAAAUGGCCUUUAACUUCAGCGACAGCAAGAAAUUUCAGACCUGGAGACGGUUGUGGUUAUUCCUGGCACAGGCCCAGCGGAGUUUGGGGCUUCCAAUUACAGAGGAGCAGAUCCAGGAGAUGGAGACCAACUUGGAGAACAUAGACUUCAAAAUGGCAGCUGAGGAGGAGAAACGCUUGCGGCAUGAUGUCAUGGCUCAUGUGCAUACAUUUGCGCAUUGUUGUCCUCGAGCUGCGCCCAUUAUUCAUCUCGGGGCCACUUCCUGUUAUGUGGGUGAUAACACAGAUCUUAUUGUUUUGCGUGAUGGAUUCGAUUUAAUUCUUCCAAAGCUUGCACGGGUAAUAAGCCGCUUGGCAGACUUUGCAGAAAGAUAUGCUGAUCUUCCAACACUAGGAUUCACCCACUACCAACCAGCCCAGCUGACUACAGUAGGCAAACGGGCUUGUAUGUGGCUUCAAGACCUGUGCAUGGAUCUUCACAAUGUAGAACGAGCCCGAAAUGAGCUCAGAUUUCGAGGGGUGAAGGGUACAACCGGAACACAAGCCAGCUUCUUGCAGCUUUUUGAUGGAGACCAUGAUAAGGUGGAAGAGUUAGACAGGAUGGUGACCACUAUGGCAGGGUUUAAAAGGGCAUACAUAAUAACAGGUCAAACGUACAGCCGCAAAGUUGAUGUAGAAGUUUUGUCUGUCCUUGCCAGUCUGGGAGCCACAGUCCACAAGAUAUGCACUGAUAUUCGUCUGUUGGCCAACUUGAAAGAGCUUGAGGAACCAUUUGAAAAAGAACAGAUUGGUUCUAGUGCAAUGCCUUAUAAACGAAAUCCUAUGCGUUCUGAACGUUGCUGCAGCUUGGCACGCCACCUCAUGACACUGAUAAUGAACCCACUACAGACUGCCUCUGUUCAGUGGUUUGAACGUACACUGGAUGACAGCGCCAACAGGCGAGUGAGUUUGGCUGAAGCUUUUCUGACGGCGGACAUUGUUCUUAGCACUCUGCAGAACAUUUCUGAGGGACUUGUGGUUUAUCCAAAGGUUAUUGAAAGGAGAAUUCGCCAAGAGCUACCAUUCAUGGCCACAGAGAAUAUAAUCAUGGCAAUGGUGAAAAGUGGAGAAAAUAGGCAGGACUGCCAUGAGCGGAUCAGAGUGCUGUCUCAACAAGCUGCGGUUGUAGUAAAACAAGAGGGUGGAGACAAUGACCUGAUAAACAGAAUCCGAUCUGACUCUUAUUUUGCCCCCAUACACACUCAGCUGGACCAGCUACUUGACCCCAAAACUUUUGUUGGUCGAGCACCUCAACAGGUUGUGAAGUUUCUCAAGGAUGAAGUGAUUCCACUACUGACACCAUAUCAGAGCAAAAUGGAUGUGAAAAUUGAACUUGACCUAUGAUUGUGUCUAUAGAGGGAUACUUAUUUUGAAAAUAAAAUGAACAAACUAG